CUGAUGGAGGAACACUGAUAGUUCCGCAACUGUUUAAAAACAGUGUUAGCCACAGAGAGUCUGUCUGUUUAAAGAAGACGUGCAUCUCUUCACACGCUCAGUCCAUCAGUUUCUGUUGAUCUGCUGCUCUUCAACACGAUAGAUUUGAUGCUGAUGUGGCUCAGAAUGGCUCCUGCUCUUCAUCUGAUCUUUCUGCUCAUCAUUCUCAGGGUUUCUGCUGCUGGUUGGGGUGUGAAUUACAGUCCUUUACACAUCUGUGCACUACAAAACUCAACAAUGACAAUCAGCUGCACUUUUACAUACCUGACUCCUGGAUAUCAGAUCAUGAAAGUGUUCUGGAACAAAGACCUUGUAUAUAAUGGAGUAGAGUUUGCAGAUCUGUCUGAGGACCCUGAGUACAGUCAGAGGCUUCAGUAUCUGGGAGAUAAACAGCAGAACUGCACCGUCAGACUGAGUCAUGUGACAAAGAAAGAUGAACACGAGUAUCUUUUCAGAUUCACUGUUAAUGUAUCUUAUUGGAAAUGGAUUGGUACUCCAGGAGUGCGUCUCUCAGUCACAGAUCUUCAGCUGGAUUCUCCUGAGAGAGUGACAGAAGGAGAUUCAGUCCGUCUGACAUGUAACAGCAGCUGUAAACUGACUGAUACACCAACAUUCAUCUGGUACAGAAACUCACACACAUUGACUAAUAUUGGAGAUGAACUCAACAUCAGGUCAGUCAGUAGAACAGAAGCAGGACACUACAGCUGUGGUGUGCAGGGACAAACCUACAUCUCUCCUGCUGUUUAUCUCAAUGUCACAUAUGCUCCAGAUACUCCUGUGAUCUCCAUCAGUGGACCUGCUGUAAUAAUGUCUGGAGAUUUAGUGACUCUGAACUGCAGCAGCGACUCAAACCCUCCUGCUCUGAACUUCAGCUGGUUUAAAGAAGAAACAUUUGUAGGAUCUGGAAGAAUCUUCAACAUCUCCAAGAUCAGCUCUGAUGACAGUGGAGAAUACAAGUGUAGAGCCAGAAAUGACCAUGGAGAGAAAUACUCUGAUCCUGUGACUUUAGAUGUUCAGUGUGAGUUUAUGAUGAUCUCAGACACAUAUGCAGGUCUUGAUCUCCAGUCUGUGACCUCUGACCUGUACGACACACUCACAAGCGUUCACCACAGACCUGCUGAAAACUCCUGCUCCACUCUUGAUCCUCAGAGCUCUUCUGAACAUCACAAUCCACCAGUAAGAGACAAUAUCAGCCAUAAACCCUCUCAGCAGCAGUUUGAUUAUUGGAUGAGCCUCGUCAAAGAGUUUAAUGUGGUUGAGCUUCAGUCUUUCUUCAUCUUAUUGUCUGUUCAGAUCAACAGGAAGAGGCUGCAGUGA